ACUGAAUACCAGUCGCCAUAUUUUCAAGCAUAUAGUGGUGGCUGCAUCAUAGUGUGGGUAUGCUUGUAAUCGUUAAGGACUUGAGUUGGAGCUAAACACAAGCAAAAUCCUAGUGGAAAACCUGGUACAGUCUGCUUAAUUGUAAGUCGCUCUGGAUAAGAGCGUCUGCUAAAUGACUGAAAUGUAAACGUUAAUACACUCUGAAGUGUGGUAUUCUGGAUGUUGCCAAAUGUUUGUUCACUGCUCUCUCACUUCUCUAUUAGGGACAUGUAUACUGGAGUGAACAGGCCACUCACUCAAUCUGUUGUGCUGACAUGCACAAUGGCAGCCUCUACAGAGUCAUCCUGCCCAAUAUCGCUUUCCCUGGUACGCUUUCCCUGGUGAACUCGUUCACCCAGUUCUUCAACCAAAAGGCUCUGCUGUAUGUGGGAAUACCAGUAGAGUUUCUCCAUAUGAGUGUGUGCCAUACCUUUUCUCUGGAACAGGCUCUCCCAGCUUCACCUGCGUUUCUCCAACAGGUGAUGUGGUGGUGGUGGUGGAGGGAUGCGUUCAAGCCCUCCAGAACACUCGCCUUCCAAGAUUUCUCCCUGAGAAAGUCCCAGGAUCCACUCAUACAUGGCCCCUGAGACGUGUCCUGUAAAGGACACUCUGCUAAAGCUGGACUUGGACUGCAACUGAGUGUCCCAAGCCACUUGCGUAAGAGAGACCGGUGUCCAGCAGUGCUCCCGCUUGACUGUGGCUUUCCACUUCAGUUUCAAUGAAGGCUAGAAAAUGACUUGUACAAUUGACUUGAACAAUAUUUUCUGUGAAUUUUUUUCCAAGCUAUUGAUUUUCCUGACUUGACUGUAAUUUAAUUAGAAUUGUCCCUAGCCUUGGCGGUCCUCAUGCAUAUCAGUUAUUUAGCUACAGAUUGACACCUCUGCCUAUCUGGGGUACUGUAUCCCUUAUGCAUACAGUUUCAUUGUGACAUCUCAAUGUCCCUUUACACUCAGUUGACUACUCUGUCCAAAGAAAGUUUUGUAAUUCAUAUUUGGACUAAUAUGUAGAUACAUUGUGUGUGUAUCUAUCACUCCACAUUUGAUAGUGUAUGCAAAACGAUGUACCAGCCUUACAACUGAACCAGCCAUACACAGAGACAUGGGUUGUACAUUCUGCUCCUAGUCACAUGCAUCUCUGCUCUUAUCUGGUGUUUGGGGAUCAACUGAAGUUGAGGUGUGUUUUAAUAUAAAAUGACAACAAGGGGGUAGAAUGUGGCACUGACAUUGAAGUAGAGUAUUCACGUAACACUGUAAUCAAGUCAUUUUUUGUACUGGUCUGCGUUGUUUAGAUCAGUUGCUAUGCCUUCUUUGAAAAACAAUUGUUUGCCUUUUGAUUAUUGUAAAUGAUUUGUUGUCCUGUGUUUAAUCUUAGGCAUUCUUAUUUGUUUUUUCUUUAGAUUCUUAACUACUGAGUGAGCUGCAUUUAUGUUUUGAAUGGAGGUUCUAUUUAUUUUUGGAAGGACUGCCGUUAUUGAAACCUGACCGUUUUUGUGGUUACUUUUGAAUAGUCUUUCAGUUCAUCUUUACUUGUUGACAGUUGAGUUUAUUUAAUUGAAAUGAAAUAAAAUAGCUUUCUCCAUAUUCCAUGAGGUGAUUUCAUUAACUAAUAUGCUAUCUUUCAUAGUUGGCAAAUAAUAUAUCUUAUCACCUUAAUUGAUAAAAGGCUUGAUCCUGCAAUUGCAAUAAUGACGAUACAUUUUGAAUGUACAAUUGCUUUGUACAGUGAAUAAUGUGGUUGCCUUUAAACCAGACAUGACAAGAAUUAUGAGCAGAGAGCAGAGCUGCGCCUUAAUUCCCUUACUUCCUUAUUAGUUCAGAUAAAGGAAAUGAACAAGCAGCUUUGGAUUACAAUUUUUUUUACCUUUAUUUAACUAGGCAAGUCAGUUAAGAACAAAUUCUUAUUUUCAAUGACAGCCUAGGAACAGUGGGUUAAUUGCCUGUUCAGGGGCAGAACGACAGAUUUGUACCUUGUUUGAGGGGGUUUGAACUUGCAACCUUCCGGUUACUAGUCCAACGCUCUAACCACUAGGCUACCCUGCCGCCCCAAUGUAAUAGAUGUCGUCGGAAACAAGAUACAGAAGCAUUGUAAAGCUAUCACUUCGAGUAAUACUUUUUAUUAUCACAGGGCAGUUGAACAUCAACCUGGCAAACAUUACCAUAGUUAAUUUGUGCAUGGCUGUCUUCUAAAUGUAUAGCCUUAGGUGACUGUUGGACUUUUGACCUCAAGUCUUCUGAGGCGAAAGGGUAUCCAGGUUAAGUAGUUUUCUGAGGAUGCACAAUCAGGUCCAGUAGAGUGGAUUACGGUGGCGGGGAUUACUGAAUGAUUGAAUGAAUUAUUGACCUCAUUGUUCUUAAUUGAUUUACCUGUAUAAAUUUAGGUGAAAUAAUAAACAAGUAACAAAUUGGCACCAAUGACUGCUAUGCUAUCUAUGGCUGCAUUCUGCCCCUCAUCUUGCCACAAACGGAAACUACAACUACAACUACAAUGUUCCCAGUAAGAAUUAAAUUAGACCAGAUUAUUAUACGAUUUCCAUAAUUCAAAUCUGAAUAAAGAAAAUUUAGCGGCCAUUGUUUGAGGAAGAUUGGUUAACUGGUUCAGGAUGUGAAACGUAAUCGGUGAGAGAACAAUACAGUGAGUGUAAGAGAAAUGACUUGUGGCCCCGUUCAGACACAACCCGUAGCCCCUACACUAGGCUCUGGAAUCUGACUGGCCCUGUUCAGAUACAACUCCUAGUUCCUACACUAAGAACUUGUGUAGAUCUGAAAGGAAUGGAUAUGUUUCAGCAGGAAGGCACAUUCCUCCUUAGCCUAAUCAGAGGGCAAAGUGGAUCUGGCAUCUACCAUGUUCUGUACAUGUGUAUUUUAUGACCUGUAAUGAGUUUCUAAUGACAAUUUCUGUGGAAACAGACAAACUUAUCUUCUCACUACCAAAUUGCUUAACCCUAUCCACUUUUGGAUCAACAUGAAGUGUCUAGGAAGUAGAGACGACAUGGGUUGGUUCUGGAUGGAAACCACGUUUCUUUAGAAAGAGCAGUUGACAAAGUGUUAGUGACAGCCUUGUGCAAGUGUUGAAGCCAGCGUCCUCUUCCAAGUUCAAAAUCUCCACAUGAACGUGUGCACUAAUCUCCCCCUGUCCCUCCUAUUUAUAACUGCUUUAAGAAAGAGGAAGGGCAGCAAUGAGAUUAGAUCAGAGCCUCAUGGAUCUUCUGCUCAAAUGACUUUUACUCUUCUUCCCCACAUAACGGUCCUCAUCAGGAGAAGAAAAGGAGGCUUUGUUCUUCCGCUUGUUGCCCUUUGGACUUACAGGACCACAAAUGAGAAGUACUGCACGAAGUAAUGCCACUGAAUGGGAUAACUGGGCCUAGAUGAUUUUUAUAAGAAGCUUCAGGUGGCUCGGCAAGGUGCACUGAGUCAAUGGAGCUUUUUUUCCGGCAGUGUUUCCUCCCUUGUUCUUCUGUUAACGUCUGAUGAAGACUGCACCCUGGUUGAUACGACUCGCACUUCUGAGUGUUGAAACUGCGUAAAUUGCCUUUGUGUUUUCUAAUAUUCUUGUGCGCUAUUGUUAUCCCAUUUGGGACUGGUUGGUUUCUAUGCACAAUUAACAGCCAGCACUCACAGAAAACCUAACAAAAGUGUCUUGAAAGUGCAUCAUGGAUGCUAAUAGUGCUCAGCUAAAGACUAAGCUGAAAGAGCGACGCUCUACCAUCAAUGUGCUGGGAGCCAGUUUCUCACAGUCCAUUGAGGAAGAGAAGGCCUUCUAUUUCUCCCAGGGCAGUUCUGUUAAGCCAUGGAACUCUUUGGAACACCUGGACAGCCCUGCUCCUGAGGGCCAGAUCCCAAGACACCAAAAAGAGACGUUGAGACCACAACAUAACAUUAACAUCAACGUAGGGGGAAAAGUCUUUCACAUUCCCAAGAAGAUGGCCGUCAGAUUCCCUCGCACACGGAUAGGCUCCUUGGCCCUGUGCACAGACCGCGUCAAACAGCUCACUCUGUGCGAUGACUACUCGGUGCUCAGCAACGAGUUCUUCUUCGAUCGCGACCCAACUUUCUUUUACUACAUCUUUCAUUUCUACAGCAGUGGCGUUCUGUGGGUGAUGCAGGAACUGUGCCCUAUCAACUUCGAGGAGGAGAUGCAGUACUGGGGCCUGAGCUGGAAUGACACCCAGCGCUGUUGCCGUAUCCUGUUUGAGGAGAAGGUGGAUGAACUCCGGGACAAUCUGAAGGUGGAAAAGGAACUCUUAGCGGAGAUCGAGAUAAAGCAUGAUGAGGAAGGCUACAAGACCAUGUUCCUGGGUGGAAUUCGCAAAGACCUCUGGGACCUGAUGGAAAACCCUUACUCCUCGCUGUCGGCCAAAUCCUUUGCAGUUUUCUCUAGCCUCCUGGUGCUCAUCUCCAUCGUGGCUAUGACCCUCAACACUGUGAAGGAACUGAGGACCCACACCCUCUCUGGCAAGACCUACCUGGAAUGGGUAGAGAUUUUCUCUAUUCUCUUCUUCACAAUCGAGUACUUCAUGCGCCUUGUUACGACUUGUGACAUAAAGCACUUCGUCAAAAGCUCCCUGAACUUGGUGGACCUGGUGGCCGUCAUGCCCUACUUUAUCCAGCUGAUAUUUGAAGCGUUUGCCAACGUGGAGGACCUCAGUGCCCAGGAAGAUCUCAAAACCCUGGCUCGUGUCAGCAAGGUCAGCAAAGUGCUCAAAGUUGUCAAGCUGAUGCGCAUCUUUCGCAUCCUGAAGCUGGCCCGUCACUCCACGGGCAUGAGGGCGUUUGGGUUCACCCUGCGCCAGUGCUACCAGCAGGUGUGUUGCCUUUUCCUCUUCAUCGCCAUGGGCAUUUUCAUGUUCUCUGCCCUCCUGCAUUCGGUAGAACGGGAUGUCGAAGGCUCUCCAUUCAGGAGUAUUCCUGAUACCUGGUGGUGGGCGACUGUGAGCAUCUCCCAAGUGGGUUAUGGGGACGUGGUGCCCGUAUCCCUUCCUGGCCGCGUGGUGGCAUUCUCCUGCAUCUUCUUCGGCAUCAUUCUCAAUGGCAUGCCCAUCUCUCUCCUCUUCAACAAGUUCUCAGACUACUAUGCCAAGCUCAAGUACCAAGAGUCCACCUCAACCGGUGUGAAACGCCGCUUGAUGCUCAAGGCCCGUCUCCGUCGCAAACUGGACGUGUGCUUCAAUCCCUCUAUGGGCGACCUGGAGGAAGGCAGGAGCCACUGAGCUCUAGACAGGAUGUACUUUUUUGACAUUGCAGGGGGUAAUUCAAGACUUCUCUACCAAAUCACCAGUGGGGAGGUGGGGUAUGGUCUGGACUAAUACGAGUGAAAUGGAGCUAAUGAUAAGGACUGGGGACACACAAAGCAGACUCAUAGAGAGGAUGUACAAGGGAGGAUGUGGGUGUCACCUUAUGUUGGGAACUGAUACUGCGAUCUUGAGAAAAUUCCUGAUACUGUAGAGCAGUUCCUGUAAAGUCAAUGGUAUGUGGUGUAUUGUGCAUAGUGUGUUUGUUUAGCAGACCAGAGUGUUGUAAGUUACAGUACAUUGUAAAUGCAGUAUACCAUGUUGCAAUCUUUGCUCUAUUUACUUGCACAAAUUAAAGCUGAUUCUUGUCAUAGUC